AAAAAAAAAAACAAACCAAAACCGAAAACUUGAUCUUCUUUCCGUAGUUUACAGACAACGGAGCUGCUUACGUGGUCUUCUCUCAUUUCUAUACCAUUCACAAACAAGCACCAGCUCAAGUAGAUCGAUCUAGGAAUCGGUGAGGAGAGAUGGGGAAAGUGGCUGUUGGUGCGACGGUUGUGUGCGCUGCGGCGGUUUGUGCGGCGGCCGUGUUUAUUGUGCGGCGGCGGAUGCAAAGCUCUGGAAAAUGGGCUCGAGUGAUUGAGAUCUUGAAGGUGCUCGAGGAGGAUUGCGCAACGCCAAUCGCCAAACUUAGACAGGUGGCUGAUGCUAUGACCGUUGAGAUGCACGCCGGUCUCGCAUCCGAAGGUGGAAGCAAGCUCAAGAUGCUUAUUAGCUACGUCGAUAAUCUUCCUUCUGGGGAUGAACAUGGUUUCUUUUAUGCACUGGACCUAGGUGGAACAAACUUCCGUGUCAUGCGUGUGCUUCUUGGUGGUAAACAAGACCGUGUUGUCAAACAAGAAUUCGAAGAAGUCUCAAUUCCUCCUCAUUUGAUGACCGGCGGCUCAGAUGAAUUAUUUAAUUUUAUCGCUGAAGCGCUUGCAAAGUUCGUCGCUACAGAAGGCGAGGACUUUCAUCUCCCAGCGGGUAGACAAAGAGAAUUAGGUUUCACUUUCUCUUUUCCGGUUCGGCAGACGUCUUUGUCAUCUGGCACUCUCAUCAAGUGGACCAAAGGAUUUUCCAUUGAAGAUACAGUUGGACAAGAUGUUGUCGGAGAGCUUAUUAAAGCUAUGGAAAGAGUUGGGCUCGACAUGAAUGUUACAGCCCUUGUAAAUGAUACAGUGGGAACACUUGCUGGUGGUAGAUACUAUAACCCGGAUGUUGUUGCCGCUGUUAUUUUAGGCACUGGCACAAAUGCAGCUUAUGUCGAACGUGCACAUGCAAUUCCCAAAUGGCACGGCUUACUUCCCAAAUCAGGAGAAAUGGUGAUCAACAUGGAGUGGGGUAACUUCAGGUCAUCGCAUCUUCCAUUGACAGAGUAUGACCACUCACUAGAUUUCGAGAGUCUGAAUCCAGGUGAACAGAUUCUUGAGAAGAUCAUUUCCGGUAUGUAUUUGGGAGAAAUCUUGCGUAGAGUUCUUCUGAAAAUGGCUGAAGAGGCUGCUUUCUUUGGCGACUCUGUCCCUCCUAAGCUGAGAAUACCAUUCAUCAUAAGGACACCGAACAUGUCUGCUAUGCACAGCGAUACUUCUCCGGAUUUGAAGGUUGUCGGAAGCAAGUUAAAGGACAUAUUAGAGGUCCCUACGACUUCUCUGAAGAUGAGAAAAGUUGUGAUCAGUCUCUGUAACAUCAUCGCUAGCCGAGGAGCUCGUCUAUCUGCUGCUGGGAUCUAUGGGAUCCUCAAGAAACUAGGAAGAGAGACACCAAAAGAUGGAGAAACUCAGAAAUCUGUGAUCGCCAUGGACGGUGGACUGUUCGAGCACUACACUCAGUUCAGCGAGUGUAUGGAGAGCUCAUUGAAAGAGUUGCUCGGAGAUGAAGCAUCAGAGAGCGUCGAGGUGAUUCAUUCGAAUGACGGGUCUGGUGUUGGAGCCGCGUUACUCGCUGCCUCACACUCUCAAUACCUUGAGGACUCUGAAACAAGUUAAUUUAAAAGAAAGGCUUCAUCUUUCAUGGCUCCAACAAGCAUGGAAAAAAGGUGAGACCUUUGUGUUUUAUCUUAUGAAGAACUCAUUGUUUGCCUUUAGGGUUUAAACAAAUAAAAGAGAAAAAAAAGGUAAGCCCUCCGGGGAAAUUUUUUUUGUUUAUCAAUGUUCAGGAACAAUAAUAAACCCCUGGAUUCUUCUUCAGGCUCUGGCAAAAUCCAAAAACCAGCCAAUGUUGUAGAACUAUAUAUUUCGAGUUCUAUAUAUAAAUGAUCAUAUUCAUUUUU